AUGAACGUGUUUGUAAUGGACAAUUUUGGUCCGGUAACAAAAAAGAAGAGCUUAAAAAAAAUUUGUAAAACUUUAUAUAUAAAUUUAAAGGAAAAGAAAUAUAUUAUUAAUGAUAAAGACAAACUUGAAGAAAAUCGUUGUUCUUACUUAAUUUACUGGGCUUGUGAUAAAUUAAGGAAUAUCUUUAGUGAUUCUUCCAAAUAUUAUAAUUUUAGAGAUUAUUUGAACAAAAUUAAUAACAUAAUACGUAGCAUUAAUAAUGAUGCUGUAGCAGGUAAAUCUUGUUACUUUUAUUUAGAUGGUAAUUUUUUUCAAUGGGAUGAAGAAAAAUAUUUGCACAAUUAUUUUAAGAAUCAUGGGAGUAUAAAAACUAAAUAUUAUUAUGAUGAGGAGAAAAAAAAUAUAUAUUGA